UUACCUGACGUGAAGGUGAAUUAAUACAACGAGGAAAUGCCGUUGCUGACGCCUCCUCCUUCCUCGUCCUGGUUGGUUAUCAGGAGACUGAGGCAAAGACAGCUGCCGGACGCCUCUUGAUACUGCCGUAAUUGGAUGGGAGCUAGAGCCGAAGUGAGGGUCACUGUGUCAGAGGGUUGGCACUGGGCUGGCAUCUUAGCUUUCCUCACUGCUGUCGCUUUGCUUAUAGGCACCCUGAGACUUUGCUUUGGUACUCUGACUCUCGUCACAGCUGUCGUCCUGCUCCUUGGAGUGUUCAAGAUUUGCUCUUGUAUCACCAAGGCCAAACGAAGGCAAAGGUGGGAGGCAGCUGGCCAGGAUGUUGUGGUGCUCCAUUGCUCUAACAGAGGACGUCUCGCUCCUAGUAUGUCUCCUUUCGUCAUCAAACUGGAGAGCUUCCUUCGUUUUGCCGGUAUACCCUACCAGCUGGACUUCGAUGAGCCUUUCGGGCCGAAGGGCAAGACUCCGUGGGUGACUUUCAACGGAGAGGAGCUGGCUGAUUCCCAGCUGAUCCUAGAACGCCUCACUGAACACUUCAAUCUUAGGAACUCCCUAACGAAGGAGCUGCAAGCCAUUGCCAGGGCCUUCGUUGUCAUGAUGGACGAACAUCUUAUCUGGGGACUCAGAGUGUGGCGCUAUAGCAUCGACUGCGGUGCCGGAUUCUACGAGUGCCACCUCCACGUUCCCUUCAUCGUCAGUGUGGCACUGCCUUUCCUGUGCUGGAGGAUGCGUCGGGCUCUGUGGCACCAGGGUAUGGGUAGGCACACCUUUGCCCAGGUCCAGAGCAUCGUCAGGAAGGACCUGACUGCCGUGUCUGAGUUUUUGGAAGAACUGCCCAACUUGGCUGGCUACGUCAAACGUGUCCGUCAGCGACUCUGGCCUGACUGGAACAAGUGUCUUGACCCGCCAUUACCGUCGCAAUAGAGUGUAUCAACGUAACAUCGCAGUGUGAUCGUACGCUAUACUGCCAGUCAAGUGUCUACCAGUCUACCAGUGAGUCUUUGUUUACCUCUCAUGAGUCGCAACUAAACAGUGGUUUUGCAGAAAGUGAUUCAAAGGAAACAUUCCUAAGUGAUUUGGCAACUGUUUAACGCGUCAAAAUAAUAACAAUAAUAAUAAUAAUAAUAAUAAUAAUAAUAAUAAUAAUAAUAAUAAUAAUAAUAAUCCAUAAAGGGCAAUGAGUUUUGUUUACUUCACGCCUUGAUAGGUGUGCAUUGUAACCAUAAUUUGCAACUUGAGCAUUUUGUGAUGUGUGCAAAGUUGUCAUAUUGCAUUAAUUAUCACAUUGAAAGCAAAUUAGCUAAAAAAAUCGGUGGAAACCAUAAGGCAUAUCGUUGAUGAAAACGCUUAAAUAACAAUUGAAAUCUUUAUACCAGACAACGUUUGGCGUCUAAUAGAUUUUUCCUGAUGAUAAGACAGUAAAUAAGCAGAACAUAGGAAUAAAGUCAGGUAAAAACAUAUGGGCAUAUUUUCUGUGGGUACCUGUAUAUUAGCUCUGUUAUGGGCCGCAUUCAUGGGGAAAAAAUUAGGAAACACCGGUCUUGCUGGAAUGUUGUAUCCAGUAUAAGAAAGCCUCUCUAGACCAGUGUUAAAAACUCUAGUACGUGCUGGAAGUAUUCAGGUAUAUGGUAAAGGGUAUCAGUGUACCUAAUGAUGUUAACUGAAAAAAAAAGUGGGAGGUGGGAGUUAUGAUAAGAGCAGUGCAACAUUUGUCAGUUCCUCACCUGCAUUAUUGUUAGGUGAGGCUCAUCAAUAUUGAUAACAUUGUUUUAACUCACAACACAUUCUAGGUGUUUACCUAGGUGUUGCUAGAAGUUUACUUGUAUUUAUUUAUUUAUUUAUUGCUGAUUACCAUUUAGUAACAUUGAGCUAGAUGAGGUGCACCUCAACCCUGAGACACCAAAUAAA